AUUUACUCCAUUAUAACAAGUUGGGAGCGGCAUAUUGAACCGUGCUUAGAUCGUACUGUGGGUUUGUCCGCACGUUUUUUAUUUUCCUAACAUGUCAGAAUAUGGCGAAAAAGACUUAUGACGUGUUGUUUAAACUUCUGCUCAUUGGAGAUUCUGGUGUUGGUAAAACCUGCCUGCUUAUUCGUUAUGUUGACAGCUCUUUCACAUCGACUUUCAUUUCAACGAUAGGAAUCGAUUUCAAGAUCAAAACAGUUACUUUAGAAGGGAAGACAAUAAAGCUUCAGAUAUGGGAUACUGCAGGUCAGGAGCGUUUCCAAACGAUUACCUCUUCUUAUUAUCGCGGUGCUAUGGGUAUAAUGCUGAUAUACGAUAUUACUAGUCGCCGGACGUUUGAUAACAUUCAGCGCUGGAUGGAUAACACCGUCUCUUUGGCAUCAGAUAUGGCUGAGAAGUUGUUGAUUGGUAAUAAGCGUGAUUUGGAAGAUCGCCGAGUUGUAAGUUAUGAGGAGGGUUCAAAAAAAGCAAGCGAACAUGGGGUAAAAAAAGUCCUUUAAUAAUCUCUUUUAGAUUAAGUUUUUUGAGACCAGCGCAAAAUUAUCACUAAACGUCGACGAAGCUUUUACGGAAUUAAUUCGCGCCAUCCUCCACAAAACCUCUAUACGUGGCCAUGAACCAUCUACAGUGACCCAGAGCCACAGGCUAGUCGAUCCCCCGAAUUCUGUAUCUGGAUCAUGCUGUAGUACAGGAUAAUUUUUCUACCGAUUACUUUCCCCACCGUUUUCUUUUCAAUGCUAACUUGUUUAUAACAAUGUUCAUAAAAAUUGUCGUGAUACACCAUAAGAUUUACAUUUCCGGCUGUCAAAAGACACAGAUUUUUGAUUUCUGUUGUAAUUUUGCUUUCUUCAUACUCUGGAUUGGUGCUUUCACGUUUGGUUCUGACGAUGCAUUAGCGUUAUCGUUUAAAUUCAUUGUUGUACCCCACUACAUGUUUUUUUCUUGUCACGAAACCUCCAAAGCCACGUAGUCAUCAUUUAUUUUCUCAAUGUAAAUAUAUAUCGAUCCUUACAUCUGAUUUUUUGUAUGCAUAAAACAAUUCAUCUGUGCUUGU